UCUUCGUCUAUAUCGCUCAAUUUUCGUGACUUUAUUUCUCAUCACUCAAGAGUAAGCUACUGUUUCAACCCCAGCUUGGCUAUAUGAACAGGCUUCCAGACAGCCCUGCUCAGACUCAAAAGCUGGGGACUAACACUCCAGUUGGCCGGGGUCAAAUAGACCUGUCGGCUCCGAAGGUGGAAACAAGCGGAAUAUCAAAUCAGCGCCCUCCGACUUAUUCCCCCGGGACGCCCCUCCAGCAGCCUCCAAAUAUCGAACAUCAACGUCAGCUGCCUAGAAUUACUCCGAUAAACUCGGAUCACCAAGCGUGUUGAUAUUUGGAAUCAUCCAACAUCUUCAAUAGCUCUUGCAUCUUUUUUCGCCUUCAAUUGUCCAUUGAAUGCUUCAAUUGACUGGAAAAACAGACCGC